AUGACCCAGGUGGUCAAUGAAAGGGAGGAUUCCCUUAAUCUGGGCAGCGGCGGUGGAGGAGGAGGCAGCGGCAGCUGGGCAUCCUCCCUCCCACUGCACACCUGGUCCUCCUAUCAUCGAAGGCAGAGGAGUGCUCCGAUGUCCAAGCGGCGAUACCGCGAUGGCCCCAAAGCUGAGUACCAGGCUCCCAGGAAACAACCCAAGCAACAGCGCAUCCAUGGCCCUUGGUUCCAACCGCCCAGAGGCCCCUACUGGGCCCUUUACUCCAACUGGGGGCGCUGUGGAGAGCCCUGGCGCCCACCACUCAUAGCAUUCCAGAGCCCCCUUUGUCCGGCGCAGAUGAUCCGGGCCUAUGGUCUGCACCCGCUCUGCCUUUGCUGCUGCUCUUGCUGGAGCGGGCCCUGGAGCCCCGGCUGGGAGAGACCCCCGGGCCGAAAGAAGCGCUGGGGGCGCAGGGGUCGUGGCCUGCGUCGACACCCUCGUCGCUCGUUCCAGAGGAACCCGCCCAUAGACAUGAGAAAGCUGCUGCGCCCGGUCAACCUGUACGGCAGGCGGGCUCCUGGGAUGAGAGCGCCGCGGAAUACCACCCAGUUCAUCAUGAACCAGGUCUACGAAGACAUGAGGCAGCAAGAGAAGCUAGAGCGCCAGCAAGCGGUGUUGCGCGCACAGCAAGCCCAGGCUCGUGGCAUCUCCCCCGGAGGCUCCACUACCAAUGACGCGCUCCACAGCGGCGUCCAUGAAGACUCGCAGUUGCCGGAAGAUCUGUUUGGCUUCAUGCAGGAUCCCUCUCUAACCUUCAGUCCUACUCCAGUGCAGCAAAACCAGUCUCCCACCCCACAGCGGGUAGAGGAAGAGGAGAAAAAUAAUGAUGAUGAGUGCGACAAAGAGGUUUGUGAUGAAAAAGAGGAGAGCGAGGAGGAGGAAGACGAGGAGAGAGAGACAGCAGAUGUGGAUGCGGAUGGAGAGGAAGUGGAAGAGGCUGACGAUGGGGAGGAAGUGGAAGAGGAUAUGUUGGAAGAGGUGGGGCUGGAGGAGGGAGAACAGAGAGAGGAAGAAAAAUUCUUGUGUCUGGGAAUGCCUUUGUCGAUCCUAGUAGGGGACGAAGAAGAGAGAGAGAGCUUUAUGAACUAUGAUUACUUAAGCCAAGAACAAAUAAUUCCCAACGUGCCAGAGGCAGGUCUGUUUAUGGUACCGGACGGACAUUAG